AUGUCUUCAACAAGCCCAGAGCUCGACUCUGACACUAUACUCUCAACAGAGCUCUCGACUGUGCUCACAACCCCGGAGGGCAGUCUCAAUGGCGGCACCGACAAGCUUGACUCAAACUCUUCCGGCGCCCAGGGCAUCGAGGAUGUGAUUGAUCCAGAUGACACAAUUAUAGCAAGAUCAGUGCAAAGUAUCUGCUGCGUCGGUGCGGGAUAUGUCGGGGGACCGACCGCUGCAGUGAUUGCAUUGAAAAACCCUCACAUCCGGGUCACAGUGGUUGACAAAGAUGAGCGCCGUAUCCGACGGUGGAACUCCCGACACUUGCCUAUCUACGAGCCCGGUCUGGCGGAGAUUGUCCGCGUCUCUAGAGAUGGAUUGUCACACUCUGAACAGAUGCCGGCACACACCGAUGACCAGACUGUGUCACAAUCUUCAACUAUCAACUCCCCCAGAGCGCCCAACCUGUUUUUCUCUGCGAACGUCGCGGACUGUAUCCGCGAGUCUGACAUUGUCAUUAUUGCUGUGAACACACCCACCAAAAUGCGCGGCUCUGGCGCUGGAAGUGCAACAGACAUGACGGCGUUCGAGGCCGUUGCUGCGGAUGUUGUACAACAUGCCAAAAGUGGUGCCGUCAUUGUGGAGAAGUCCACAGUCCCUUGCAGAACGGCUCAGAUGAUACAGGAAAUGAUUGCCGUCCGCCGACCGAAAGCUAGCUUCGAGAUUCUAUCUAACCCCGAGUUCCUUGCCGCCGGAACCGCCAUUCAAGAUCUGUUGCACCCGGACCGGGUGAUAAUCGGCUCCUCAACGACGAAGAAUGGUCAGGUCGCAGCGGAGACCUUGGCAGGUGUGUACGCUGGGUUUGUCGAUCGAUCUCGCAUUAUCACCACAAACAUUUGGUCAUCUGAAUUAGCCAAGCUGGUAGCCAACUCCAUGCUUGCCCAGCGACUGAGUAGUAUCAACAGCAUCUCAGCUAUAUGCGAAGCGACCGGAGCCGAGAUCAACGAGGUAUCGGCCUCGAUCGGAAUGGACUCUCGAGUCGGCGACAAAUUCCUCCGCGCUGGCAUCGGAUUCGGCGGUAGCUGUUUCAAGAAGGAUGUCCUCAGUCUCGUCUAUCUCGCCGAAUCGCUAGGUCUCAAGGAAGUCGGGGCCUACUGGCGGCAAGUUGUGACAAUGAAUGAGUACCAGCGCAACCGAUUCACCAGUCGUGUGAUCAAGUGUCUUAACAAUACCCUCGUCGGAAAGAAGAUCACGCUGCUCGGCUACGCAUUCAAGAAGAACACAUCCGACACUCGUGAAGCGCCUGCUCUUGAGAUCAUCAAGACUUUACUCGAUGAGAACCCCGGGGAGAUUGCCAUUUUCGAUCCCUGCUGUAACCCCUACGUGAUUGAAAGCGAGAUUCGCCAGUUAAAUGGCUAUGGUCCCCCGGCUCUGAGAGAUGAUGGUGGAGCCGUCAAGGUAUACCACGAUGCUUACCAGGCGUGUGAAUCUUCAAAUGCGAUCCUGAUUGUGACCGAGUUUGACGAAUUCCGCAACACUGAAUCGGCGGUCAUCAUAUCCCCGCCUCAAUUACCUUCCAAGGAUGUUCAAGAGGAUAUCGGUUCCAGCAUUGGUAGUUUGAAGGAUAAUGCUUCUCUCUCUCUCCUACAAGAACGGCUCAACGAGGAGCCGAACUGCGCUGCCGAUUGCCCAGAUUGCCAGCGAGAGAAUGGACAAGAGAUUGCCGCUCGGAAGCUUAGCGAGGCUCUUCCUAAGCAGCAGGUGGACUGGGAGAGGAUUGCCGAGAGCAUGAGCACGCCCAAGUGGCUGUUCGAUGGACGAUGUAUUAUUGAUAUCAAGAAGAUGACCAAGUUGGGGAUUCGGGUUGAGAGCAUUGGGUCAGCUGGCGACGGAUGCUAG